AUGAUAAAUCCCAAUCAAUUUGUAUCACUUCAAUUUUUGAUAAUAUUCAAAUAUGCUACAAAUGUAGAUCCCGAAUUAAUUAUUGAUUUUAUUUUAAGAAUUCCACAAUUAAAAUCUUGUCAAAUCAAAAAUUCACAAUCUCAUGGUCGAAUUCCAAUCAUUCCUUUGAAUUACGACAGAAACACCGAAAAUCUUUUAUCGACUUUAGAGUAUUUUGAUAUGGAAUCAAAAUCUCCUUUGUCAUUUGUUAAUUUUUACUCAAAUAUUCUUCGAUAUACACCAAAUAUUCAAUAUUUCAAUGGCUUUGUAACGCAUCGACGUAUUCAUUCGAAGAUUCGAUAUGAACCUAUUGAUAAUUUAACUCAUUUAUCCACAUUGAUAUUAAGAAGUGAUUCAAUUGAAUUUGAACAAUUACAUCUCCUAUCACAAUCAACUCAAAAUCUUCGAAAAUUACAGUUGGAUUGUCUAACCGCUUCAUCUGAUCGAUCAUUUCUUAAUAAUAAUAAUUGGAUACAAUGUUUAUCCUCAUGGAAAUAUCUAAGAUAUUUAAAAAUAUAUAUAUCAAAACAAAAUAUUAUGUUGGUCAUCAUAAUUUUCAACAUAUUCGUCAAACAUUUCCAUUGA